AGAAGCGCCGCCGCCAUGGCCGCCCUGUCGCCGGUGGCCGGCCUCACUCUCGUCGAGGAAGAGCAGAGGAGGACACGAGAGAGCUUCCCCCCGGCAACGAGGAAACGUUAUCCUGAUAGCACGGCACGGUUACACGCCUACUCCACGCCACGGACACGCGGUGACUCGUUGGCAUUCACCCUGCCCCACCUUCCUUCUCUGCCCAUCCAGUGGCUGGAGACCGCACACCUCUGCUUACUACUCCUAUUCCACGCCUCGUCGCUGUCCGCGCGGUCGCUUGCCAUGCUGCUCCGGCCAGAGCACCGCCUCCGCUCGCCGCCAGCGACCGCGCCCGCCCCUUCCCGAGCCUCCAUUUCCGUCUCCGCGCCGGCGCGCCCUGCCGUCUCCCGCCUCCCUCGCGGCGCGCUCCGGCUCCCCCGCGCGGCUUCUCCGCUCAGGGGCAAAGCGUCGAGCGCCGUGCGCGCGUCGGCCGGACCGGCGGGCAUGCCGUCCGUGGCGCACCGGGAGGUGGCGCGGGCCGUGGCGGGAGAGGCGGAGGCGCGGCUGGGCGACCGGCUGCUGCCCUCGGCCGUCCCCGCCGACGUCGCCGAGUUCCGCAACGGCGACGGCACCGCCCUCGGCUCCCUGGACGUGCGCCGCGGCGCGCCCGGCUCCUCGAUCGAUUUCAUGCUGCAGUCGUCGCUUCACUGCAAAGUCCCGAACGGUGCAAUCGACAUCACGUCUCUCUUCAUUAACCUAAACGCCUCGACGGACGCGCCACAUUUCGUCAUGGAGUUCAUACAGGGCAGCCCAACUUCAAUGGUCGUGCUUCUGGACCUGCUGCCACGGAAAGACCUCGCGCUCCACCCGGAGUACAUCGAGAAGUACUAUGGAAAUACUGAGGCGGACAAGCAACGCAAGAUCAUCGAAGAAUUGCCGCAAGCCCGCCCGUACCUUUCGCCGUCCCUCUUCGUGCGCAGCGCAUUCUCUCCCACGGCGGUGUUCUUCACCAUUGACUGUGGGCAAGGAGGGGAGAGUGUCUUGGAGGAGAUAGUGCAUGGUCAUCUGGCGUCUGUUGUUAAGGGUCUUCUUCAGAUAUGGCUUGGUACUUGCGCCGGUGACACCUCUGAAGUGGACGAGGGCGAGAGGGAGAUCAUGGUUAAGAGGGACCGGACUGUAAGAUCAAAGUCGAUCGAGGUCGACCUGACCGCGAAUUUGCCGAGGAUGUUUGGCCCCGACGUGUCCGGCCGUGUCAUCGCCGAAAUUCGUAAGGCCUUUGGGGUGGAGGAGGCCUAGCAUUCAGAAGUAGAAAUGUGACUUUAGAUUACAAGCCAAUGGGAAUGGAAAUAGUUAUUUGGUGGAAAAUGUUUCUAAUCUGUAAUCCGUCUUGUCAGAAUCACUGAACUGAAUGGUGUGAUGAUGAUUUGCCAACAAGAUGCAUUAUCUCCAUCAUUUUUGUGUGUGUAUGAAACGACCCUUGAGGCCUCACAUUUGGUGA